AUUUCGGCGGCAUUUGAGUCGAUUCAUUAAAAAAUUUAUAACUUACAAAAAAGAAAAACAGUGUGUCCCCAAAUUAAAAGGGAAAUAGUCACAAAGCGGCACGUUUUGUCUAUCUUAGGAUUGCGAUAGGUUUAUUGCUACUGCCGCAAGUAUGCCAUUACCGAGCAGCUCCUUUUCACAACAAGGGCCCACUUGCUUUGACAAAAUGAAGACUGGCUUUACCAUUGGGUUCUGUGUUGGCAUGGCCAGCGGUGCACUCUUCGGUGGUUUCUCGGCUCUAAGGUAUGGCCUGCGCGGGCGGGAGUUAAUUAAUAAUGUUGGUAAAGUGAUGCUUCAGGGCGGCGGAACUUUUGGCACCUUCAUGGCCAUAGGUACAGGAAUACGCUGCUAAGUGAGGUGCACUUAAGUAUAGAACCAACUACAGUUAAGAUUUAAAAUUAUAUAAAAUAUAAGAACCUAGUGCUUAAAUUACGUUAAGUUUACGGAAUAGAAAUUAAAUAGUUAUCUCCAA